GGGCGGGCUCCCUCGGGGUCCCCGCUGGCCGGCACUCGGGCUGCAGCUGCGCGAUGGAGGCGCCCGCCGAGCUGCUGGCGGCGCUGCCCGCCCUGGCCACCGCGCUGGCGCUGCUGCUCGCCUGGCUGCUGGUGCGGCGGGGAUCGGCCGCGCCCCCGGAGCCCGCCGGUGCGCCCCCGGCCCAGGCCAGCGGGACCCCCAAGCCGCCCGGCCCCAGCGCCCGGGAGCUGGCGGCCGCGCCCCGGGGAGCCGGGGGGCCGGAGGGUCCCGCGGGGGCGGCGGAGGCGAAGGAGCUGGCCACCGAGGAGAGGCAGGAAAAGGAGCUGGAAACGGAGCAGAAGAAGGUCCUGCCCCGGGCAAGGCUUCAGGAAGAUGGAGGAGACCCCUUCUUCAAGUACAGCCCUGGGAAGCUGCGGGGGAACCAGUACAAGCAGAUGAUGACCAAGGAGGAGCUGGAGGAGGAGCAGAGGAUUGAGCUGACCUCUGACCUCACUUCCCUGUAGCAAGCUCCUUAGGUCCUGAGCCACAAAUAUUCUUGCAAAUCCUUUUGAACUGAAGAAUAAUGGAGUUAGCCCUAGCCUCUUCCUAAAGGCUUUUUCUUUUGGCAUCUUAAGAGCUUGACAGAUAAAACGGGAAGUCCCCAGGGAGCCCUCUGAUGACUCCUGGGGACAUCUUGCCUUCAUGCGCCUGCUGAGACAAAGUCCCUCUCUUGGGGACUUCCCUGUGGCUGCCCCCUCCCUCCUUAUCCAGCCUGCCCCACCUCCUGAUCCCCCAGUGCCUUUGGCUCUCCCAUUUGAGAGGUGUUGCUCCCUGCUUCUGCAGGUUGCUUGGUUGAGAUGAAGGUUUUAGAAAUGGGAUCUUUACCCUGGACUUUGAUUUUUUUUUUUUUUUAUCAUUCACCCUUAUUUCCCUUCCCAUCACACCCUUCUCACAUUAGAUAUUGCCAACAUUAGCACCUUUAUCCUUUUUUUUUUUUUUUUAACCAGAGCACUGCUCAGCUCUGGCUUAUGGUGGUAUGGGGGAUUGAACCUGCGACUUUGGAAACUCAGGCAUGACAGUCACUUUGUGUAACCAUUAUGCUGUCUACCCCCAGCACCUUUAUCCUUUUUCCAAUCAGUGCAGCUUCACUCCAGACCACCUGCUAUUUCCUUCACUGAAGUUACAAUGUGACAGGACAAAUCAGACAGGCAGCCCCAUGCCCAAGACUAGUCAGGUGUGGAGGCUGCCCUCCUGCCUCUGGAGCCCACCUCCCUCUGACCCCAGGCUAGCUGGGUGACUGGGGCAAGAGACACCAGGAUGACCACAGGGCAGCAAAGACCCACUGCCAGCUAUCCUGGUUCCCCCUUUAGAGAGACCUUGUCACUGAGACCUACUCGAGAUGGUCUCACCAGCAUAGCCAGAUUACCACCUUUCACUUUGACAGAAGCAAUAAUCACAGUGUGUGCUUAAUAUAUAUCUCUUGUCCAGGCCUUUUUCUAAAAGGUUCCACAGACCAGUUAGAGCUUUGACUGGCAGGUAGUCAGAUCUAUCCCAGAUUAACUCCUUGGAAUUUUAUAGUUGACAGGAUUUCUACAAGACCAAACCAAUGUCAGUUCUUAGGUCUAUAGGUUAAAACAGCUUUUUCUUCUUAGCAGUAAGUUUAUAGAGAGUGUCUUCCAUUUAGUAUCACCCAGAGAGCAUGUGAAUUCCUAGUGGCCUUCUCUGGGCUUGAUACCUUAGGUUCAGGGGUCACAUAGCCAUGGGGCAAUAGAAGACGGACUCGUGUGAGGACGCGUCGACACGCAGCGAUAGCAGUGUCCUAGUCCAAGCCAAGAGUUUGUUGAUGCAGCAAGUCCCCCAGACUAGUUCUCUAGGUUUAUUUGGAAACUUUCUGAACGUGGCUUGUAGCUCCCGAGCCUCGUCUUCUCCUAAUGGCUUGGGGGGGUGUCAGUCUUUGUUUAGUCCAAUAAACUUUGAGUAGAUGAUCUUGA